AUGCAACGGAACUAUAUUUUUCCGGAAGAGGACCUCCCUGAGGCUGACGGUCCCUCGCCCUACCAACGACACCUGUCAUCCUCGAGGACGAUGAUUCGAUUCCCCAGGAGUCUUUGGGAGGUCGGUAACCGAAAAGUACAUGGGAAGCCUCGUGGUCCCUACUUUUUCCAGAACAUGAGAUUCUUUUCACAUUUCCGACCAGAUGGACUUCAGAGAACUGGUCGCAACCCUGAGUUUUACCUAGAAAGACAGCAUGGCCCAGAACAAAGAAUCCCUGAGGAAGACUUGUAUCGAUACACCAGACAUCGAUGGCUCGAACUUGAAAAGCGCUAUUUGAAAUUCAACUUACAACAACUUCUCGACAUCGCCAUUGAUGUCUGCGAUGGGGCCCAGUAUUGCACCAGAAUUACCAAGUGCGUGGAAGGCCUGCAUAAUAAAGCCUUCAUCUUGAAAAUGGAUAAUGGGUCAGAAGUCUUCGCGAAACUCCCAAAUCCCAACGCCGGACCUGCACAUUUUUCGGUUGCUUCUGAGGUCGCCACGCGUGAGCUGCUUCGUGAUGUAUUCGAUAUUCCCAUUCCUCGGGUGUUGUCUUGGUCUUCCGAUGCGGCGAACAAUUUAGUCGAGGCCGAAUAUAUCAUUGAGGAGAAGGCCCCUGGUGUCCGACUGGGUUCUGUGUGGAAUCGGUGGCCUCGGCAGCUGAAGCUACAACUAAUAACUCAAGUGGUUGACAUAGAGAAGAAGUUGACCACCAUUACCUUUGACAAGCACGGUUGCAUCUAUUUCAAAGAAGACUUGCGCUCACUUGUCGGGGAAGCAGAAGACAUUCAUACACAGAGUGGUGGAUCCGACGUCCUCGAACGAUUUUCCAUUGGGCCGUUGACCACGAACGAACUGUGGAGUGGAACUAGGAGGAACAUGAAUUUGGAUCGUGGCCCUUGGAAACAUGCGUUGGAAUACACCCGUGCGAUCGGCCACAAUGAAAUGAUGUGGAUCAAGACGCAUGCUGUUCCCCGACAGAACUAUUACCGGCCGAACCAGAACGAAGAAGUUCCCGAAGAUGGUAUCUCACUCUUGGAGAAAUAUAUGAACGUCUCCUCCUAUCUUGUCCCCCAGCCAAGCGAUAAACCGUCCUCUGCCAACGUUCUUUGGCAUCCGGACCUUCACCUGGAUAACAUUUUCGUUGAUCCAGAUACUUGUCGGAUCACCCGCAUCGUGGACUGGCAAUCAGCGUGCGUUGCUCCGUUGUUUUAUCAAUCUGGCGUUCCCAGAAUGUGUAGACAUCCUGGGCCUGUUCGGGAAGGCUGGGUCGUCCCUGGACGACCAGAGGAGUUUGAGAGCUUGAGUAAAGACGAACAGAAGCAGGUUGAUGACGAUUUGGAAAGCGAAACCAUUCACAAAUACUACGAGGCGCAGGUGUAUAAGCGAGCGCCUCUUCAUUGGGCUGUGCUCCAGCAACCGGCAACCUCUAUCCUCCGGAAACCUGUUUGGCUCGUGACCGGAGUGUGGGAAAACCGAGACCUUUUCUUCCUCCGCGAAGCACUCAUGAACAUUACAGCUCACUGGAGCGAGUUUUUCCCAAACACCCCUUGCCCGAUCGAUUUCAGCAGCGAGGAUAUCGAGCUCCAGUCCAAGGAAGAGGAAAACAUCAAUGGGGUCGGGCGUAUGUUGUUAUUGUUCCGAGAGCAAGCUGUACUCCCUGUGGAUGGGAUGGUUGAUCCUGAAGACUACGAUCUGGCCCGUGAGAAUAGUCGCAAGUUCAAAGAUACCUUCAUUGGGCUGGCGAAGGAUGAAGAAGAAAAGGAGCUGUUCAGGAAUCUAUGGCCAUACUAG